AUGAACGUCGCAUUUGUGCCCCUAACCACGCUAGCCGAUAUCUCAUUCUGGAGUUCGAUAAACAGCAAAAAGCUGCACGAGUGGAAAUUGGACGAGUCACCAAUUGAAUGCUUUGCCGAGUAUUCGAUUCAGGAUUUCACCGGGAGCCCGUCUCGACUCUCGUUUUGUCACGAUUCUUUUGAAAACGCUUCAUCUUCGCGUUUUCACGGCUUUGCCCUCGCAUACAACACGAUUGAGGGAUUUCAAAAUGUAGAUCGACGAAAGAUUAUUGAGGAGUCAGCGCUUUCGAUAUUCCACAACAUCAAGAAUGGAGUCUGGUUGGAAAGGCCCGAGAUUUUGAACACUUUCGUUCUCACCAUACACGCGAAUUUGAAAAAGUUUGUCUACACCUAUUGGAACUGUGUGCCAGCGUUGUGCUCUCCCGAGAAUAUCACCUAUGUGCAAGAGCCGAUUGAGCUCGAUACCGGAGCAACCCAGCAACUACUACAAUAUUAUCGAAGCCAUGGAUAUCCAUCGAUUUUCAUCCAUCACAAAAAUCUUUGUCUACCCCUAUCGCAUUUAAUGCAAAUGACAACGGUGGAUGCGGCGGCGGCUUAUCUGGUUGUGGCUGAUGGAUCUACGGAGACUCGGGUGCCCGGUUGGACGAUUCGAAACGCUUUGGCUGCACUCUCGCUUUCUCGACCCGACAUCAACGAGUAUCGCUUGAUCAGUCUCCGAGCUUCCCUCCCCUCAUUACAUUAUGUUAUUACGGGUACAAUCACCGAUCCCUCAAAAUUCCCCAAAACGGUUGGCUGGGAGAGGAGUAUUCGAGGGAAAUUGGAACCGAUCACUGUCGACAUGAAAUCACAUUUCGAUCCGCACAGCCUAAUGGAACAAAGUGUUGAUCUCAAUCUUUCGCUUAUCAAAUGGAGACUUGUACCAGAGAUGAAAUUGGAAAGAUUCAAAGCGUUACGGACAUUGAUCUUUGGCGCGGGGACACUUGGAUGCAAUUUGGCUCGAUCAAUGCUUGGAUGGGGAGUGAGACAUUUCACGUUUAUUGACAACUCGAAUGUAUCCUACAGUAAUCCGGUCAGGCAAUCACUUUCCGAGUUCGAAGACGCUCGCUUGGGAAAAUCGAAAGCCGAUUGUGCGGCCAGUGCGUUGAAGAGAAUUUUGCCAACCGUUUAUGCGCAAUCCGUUCAAAUGACUGUCCCAAUGCCCGGGCAUUCUGUCGGAGCACAAGGAGAACAAGAGCUGGAAAUCGUUGUCAAUCAAUUGGAGGAGCUUGUCCUGCAACAUGAUGUCCUAUUCCUCGCCUUGGACAGUCGAGAAGCUCGCUGGUUGCCAACUGUUCUUGCGAAUAUCCACAAUAAGAUGGCCUACAGUGUGGCUCUCGGUUUUGAUACAUAUGUGAUUAUUCGGCAUGGAGUUGGGGAGAGUGAUGUGGCUUCAACUUCGGAAAGCAGUGUUCGCGGAAUUGUCUCCUAUUCGAAUCUUGCUUGCUACUUUUGCUCGGAUGUCACAGCGCCCGGGAAUUCGACCACUGAUAGAACCCUCGAUCAACAGUGUACCGUUGCACGCGCGGGUAUUUCGAUGAUUGCUUCCGGAUUGGCAACAGAACUGCUUGCUGCCGUUCUCCAACAUGAGAACCCCGUUGAGGCUCCAGCUAUAAUGGGCGAUCUCUCAGCGGAAGAUUGCGGAGGACUUCUUGGACAUGCUCCACACCAAAUCAGAGGUUUCAUUCAUCGAUUCCAACAAAUGACUCCAUGCGUUCGCCGGUUCGACCGAUGCAUUGCUUGCGGGAAAGCGGUGAAAGAGGCCUUUGAGGCGGAGAAAUGGCGUUUCGUGAGAGAUGUGAUGAAUAGCCCUAGCCGAUUGGAGGAGAUCACCGGUUUGGAUCAACUGCAGGCAAGCGUCGAUCAGGUGGAUAUCGACUUCGCUAGUGAGGAUGAUGGGUCUUCGGUUGUCAGCUUUACU